AUGAAAACAGAAGUUGUAGAGGAGUUCUCAGGCUUCUUCGAAAAAUGGGUAUGUCAACUUGAAGAAUAUCUUCAACUUCUUCUGAAUGUCUCAGACGAUCACUCUCAUGAAUCAGUAAACCAUGAAGCUUUGGUGGGGAAAGUCACUGCCCACUACAAAGACUACUACACAGCCAAAUGGGCUGCGGCUCAUGAAGACGUCUUAGCCUUCUUUUCACCAGUCUGGUUCAGCCCUCUAGAGAAUGCUUAUCUAUGGAUAACUGGUUGGAAGCCAUCAAUGGUGUUUCGACUCGUCGACACCGUCCGGGUGACACGUUCACCCGGUGCGAGUCUCGCAAAUAUGUCGGAGGAACAGUUGAAGAAGAUUGAGGUUUUGAGAGGGAAGAUUAGGGUUGAGGAGGAGAAGGUGGAGGGAGAGAUGGAGAGGCAACAGGUGGCGAUGGCGGACAGGAGGAUGGUGGACUUGGCGAGGCUGGCGAGCCGAAUCAAGGGCGGUGACUCGGCGGCGAGUCAGGUGGAUGGGUUGGUGGAGGGGGCGUUGAAGGGGUUAUUGGGUGGGUUGGAGAGAGUGAUGAAAAUGGCGGAUUGUGUGAGGUUGAAGACGUUGAAGGGUGUGUUGGAGGUGUUGAGUCCGAGACAGUGUGUGGAUUUCUUGUCGGCGAAGUCGAUGCUUCAGAUUCAGCUGAGGAAAUGGGGGAAGAAGAGAGAGAAAAGUAGUUUGAAGAGUUAA